AUGUCUUCAUUGGGAAAAGCAACUCAUCUUUGGAAUUAUAGAUUCCGAUUUUCUUCCAUUACAGAUGAUGACGACAACAAUGAUGAUGAAACAGUAGAUCUUUUGUCAAAAACUUAUAUUGAUAGAUCCCAUGAUGUCUACCAGGACGAAAUCAUAAUUACUCAUGCAAAGGACAUGAAUGUUGCCUUUGACAAAUUAUUUAAUUUAGCACCAUUACCUGAAGAAAUAUCAAAAGUUUCAGACUUGAAUAAAACAGACUUUAAGUUAAAAAAAAAAAAUAGUUUUAAUGACUUUAAUAAUAAUAAUGUUGAUGGUUACCAAUCUAAAAAAAGGUCAAUGUCUACAGCAAGUGAGCCAUGCAGAAUGACAAGAUAUGCAAGUAUAAGUUCAAAUAAACAGAAGAAAGAUUCUUACUUGGGCACCUCAGAAUCUUAUGUAAUAUCAGAGUUGUCUCAUCCAAUGUGCCAAGAAUAUACUGAGAUGUUGUUGGAUAGUUUGGGUAAACAGUUAACAGACACUUCAAAAGAACAUGAUUGCUAUAAAGAUUUUUUAAAGAAAAUUAAAAAUAAAGAAUUGGCAGCAACUGAUAUGUUGAAAGAUAUCAAACAUGAGAGAGAAGUAUUGAAAAAAGAAUUAGAAAAAUUAGAGACAGAAACAAACCAACUUGAUGAGCUUGAAGGAAAUAUUGAUUUGAUUAGAAGGAGAAAAAAAAGAGAAGAUCGUAUGCUAAGUACUAAUAGUAGUAAUAGUAAUAGUGCUAAUGAAGAUUUAAGGUUACAAGAAUGUUUUUCAGAUGAUAAUGGGAAGACUUCAUCUAGAUAUAGAGAUAAUUGUUUAAAGUUGAAUAAAUUAAGCCAUUUGGAAGGAUCAAUUGAAGAGACAGGUAAGGUCAAAUUUUAUGUCAAAUAUUUUACAUUUAUAAAAAUGCAAACAAAACUUCAUUGGUUAUUUUUGUUACUCUAUCAUUCUAUUGCAGUUACUACUGGAGUCAAGCGUGAUAUUGAUUUGAUUAGAAGUACUAAUAGUAGUAAUAGUAAUAGUGCUAAUGAAGAUUUAAGGUUACGAGAAUGUUUUUCAGAUGAUAAUGGGAGGACUUCAUCUAGAUAUAGGGAUAAUCGUUUAAAGUUGAAUAAAUUAAGCCAUUUGGAAGGAUCAAUUGAAGAGACAGUUACUACUGGAGUCAAGCGUGAGUUGGUUGGAGAUGUUGUCACAAUGAGGAAGAAAUGA